AUGGAAAAGAAGGAGAUUCAAGAUGAUCAGCAAAAGAAAGUGGAGGCAGAGAGGGAGAGCCAAAUAAGAGAAGAGACAAAGCAUAAGGCCGAGGCCCAUGAGCAACCGCCCAACAUAUCACCGAUGGAGCCGGUAACCCGCUGCGCCUACGGCGGUGGAAUGUACGGCACCGAGGAGGGACAACCAGAAGAGCCACCGGGGAAUAAGACACCAGCCAGUGAAACCCAGAGUGCUGACGGCCCAGUUGAAUUCGCUGAAACCCGGCCCAAGCAUACACCUCCACCUUCUACAGGUGACAGAGACAUUGAUAUCACCGGCCAAUCAUAUAUUCAGUGA